AUGUCUGUCGGAGCCAGCAACCCUCCUCAUGGAGCGCAGCUCGCCUCCUCGUCCCCUGCAUCCGACCAGCCUGGCGUCGCAAGAACAAAUGGCACUCCAACCCAAGAACAGUCCAUCAACGCCUCCAGCAAAGCAGCACGAUACUUCAUUUUCACGACAUGGACUAUAGAACACCUCCACGCGAGCCGUCUCACCGGUAAAUGGCGCUUCCCGGACGGUGACGGGUCCGAGCCCGCCGUCCCGGGUGGAAUGCUGCAACCUGCAGACGCUCUCCGCGCUGCCCGGCUGCGGAACAUGCUAGCAUGGGCGCUUGACGUCGGGAUAGAAGUGUUUGCGAUAUUCCUGGACCAAAAUUCGCGAGAGCUCUAUGGCUAUGCCCAGAUCACCGGUAUGAAUCCGCGCUCCUUUUUGGCGAGCGGGGCCGUGACGCAGGCGUGCAGCCACGUGCACGGGUUGCGCACCACCACUCAGGAAGUGACGCGGCGAAUAGAAAACCCAUCUGCUAACGGCCCUUCUCACGCUCCUGAGCUGAACCUCUACACUGAAACAUUGGAUUCCGAGCAAAGGCCCAAGAUGCGAGAGCUAAUGAGCUUCGACCCCGACCAUCUACUGGCCAUAGUGCCGCGCAGUGACUUGCGCUCCGCAAGCCCCACGGACCGCGUAGAAGAGCCCGCGUGGUCAUCAAUAACCCUCACUCUAGACUUGGAGUGGAUCACGACGCAACGAAUGCCCCUACGCGAAGUCGUCUACCUCCACAACCUAGGCUGGCCUGCGGACCCCUUCGCAAUGCGUAUAGCGGGAAACAGCUCCCGCGCGCUAUCGGUGCAGCGUUUCUGGAGGCAUGGGCUCGCUAUCGCCCUACUGUGA